GCUCCAGAGCAGCAGCCACAGCCUCGGCCCUACCAAGGAGUGCGAGUGAAGGAGCCGGUGAAGGAACUGCUGAGGAGGAAAAGGGGCAAUGCCCACAACUCCAGCACCACUGCAGCUGCAACGGUUGUUUUGCCCCACCAGCCACUCCCUUCCUACUCCCCCAUGGGCCAGCCUUGCAUGGACAUGGACGCUGCUGCCCCAGCCCCGCCUGGCCCCGAUGAAGGAGCUCUGGCCUCGGGGUGGAUUUCCCAGCCCCCUGGCACCCCCCUGCAGCCCCUGGCCCAGUGGAGCCCCUACCCUGACUACGUGGCCCAYGAGGCUGGCAGCUGUCCCUACACAGCAGACAUGUACGUGCAGCCCGUGUGCCCCAGCUACACCCUGGUGGGACCCUCGUCCGUGCUCACCUACACCUCCCAGCCUCUCAUCACCAACUUUGCUCCCCGAAGCGCUCCCCCGGCCGUGGUGCCGCCGCUGGAGGUGACGGAGCCGCAGCCGCCCCUCGCCUACUUCCCAUGGGCACAACCCCUGCCCGCCGUGCCAGCCUCACCCCUGCAGUACCAGCCGGCCCCUUCCACCCUUCCCACACCCCAGCUGCUGCCCGUGCCCGUGUCCAUCCCCGAGCCAGCCYCGCAGGAGCUGGAGGAUGCCCGGAGAGCCAUCGGUGCGCUGCCCAUCGAGCGGCUGCUGCUGGAGGAUGAGGACAGUGAUACAAUUCUGCACAUUUACGCAGCCAAAGGGCUGCGGGUCCCCGCGCUGGCGGCGGCAGAGCGCAUGAAAGCCCUGCGGAGACUCGAUGCCAGGGAGCACAGAGGAAAGGUAAAAAUGCUUGUGGCUGUCACUGCCAGGCAGCCGGCCAUCGUCCACGACCUGAUCCAGGCGGGAGCCGACGUCAACGCCGUGGACAACAAAGGACAGUCAGCUUUGCACCUUGCAGCCACCUACGGCUACGCCCAGGUCCUCCAGGUCAUCCUGUCACUGGGUUUCCCUCUGGAUCUGGAAAUGAAGGAUUUUGAAGGUUUUUCUCAUUUCCAACCGUUACAGUCAUACCUGACCAGACAGGGCACAGAUUUCUCCACGGCCCAUGGCAACACCGCCCUGCACAUGGCAGCUGCUUUGCCUGGUGACAAAAACCAGAGGGAAAUGAUCCAGCUGCUCCUGGAGCACGGGGCUGAUCCCAGCAUCCGAAAUUUGGACAACGAUCAGCCAAUCCACAUGGCCCCUCCUGGAAAAGCUGGGGAUCAGGUCAGGCACUUGCUGAAGAAAGGGAAGGUCACUCCUGCACUCAUCUCCUGCCACARAAACGCCCGAUCCUGA